GCCGGGGGGCCUGCGGGGGAGGGGGGGCCCGGAAGCCGGGGACGGGCGAGAAAACAAACUUGGAGAGAGGAGUGACCUGGGGGCUGGGGGCGGAGUCGCGCGCGGAGGAGGAGGGAGCGAGCGGCCGCCGGAGCGCGGCUGGCCCAGGAAGCGGAGAGCGCCGCCCACCCAUCCGGGGAGAGAGCGGCACUGCGGGCGCAGGCAGGCUGGGCCGGGGGCUGCCGGGCCCUCGCCCCCCCCCCGCCCCCCGACCGUGACCCCGCGGCCCCCAGCCCGCGCCCAAGAUGAUGAAGAGGCAGCUGCAUCGCAUGCGGCAGCUGGCCCAGACGGGCAGCUUGGGACGCACCCCGGAGACUGCCGAGUUCCUGGGGGAGGAUCUGCACCAGGUGGAGCAGCGGUUGGAGCCAGCCAAGCGGGCGGCCCACAAUGUCCACAAACGGCUGCAGGCCUGUCUGCAGGGCCAGAGCGGGGCAGACAUGGACAAGCGGGUGAAGAAGCUCCCCCUCAUGGCUCUGUCCACCACAAUGGCCGAGAGCUUCAAGGAGCUGGACCCUGAUUCCAGCAUGGGGAAGGCCUUAGAGAUGAGCUGUGCCAUUCAGAACCAGCUGGCCCGCAUUCUGGCCGAGUUUGAGAUGACCCUGGAGAGGGAUGUCCUGCAGCCGCUCAGCAGGCUGAGUGAGGAGGAGCUGCCGGCCAUCCUCAAGCACAAGAAAAGCCUGCAGAAGCUGGUGUCUGACUGGAACACCCUGAAGAGCAGGCUCACUCAGGCAGCCAAGAACUCGGGCGGCGGUCAGGGCCUGGGCGGUGGCCCCGGCAGUUACAGCCACACUGCCACCGCCACCAAAGUGGAGACGCUGAAGGAGGAGGAGGAGGAACUGAAGAGGAAGGUGGAACAGUGCAAGGACGAGUACUUGGCCGACCUUUACCACUUCGCCACCAAGGAGGACACAUAUGCCAACCACUUCAUCCACCUCAUGGAGAUCCAAGCUGAUUACCAUCGCAAGUCUCUGAGCUCACUGGACACGGCCCUGGCUGAGCUGAGGGAGAACCACAGCCAAGCAGACCCCUCCCCCUCGAUGACGGCCGCCCCCUUCUUCAGGGUGUAUGGGGUGUCACUGGGAACCCAUUUGCAAGAGCUGGGCCGGGACAUCGCCCUGCCCAUCGAGGCCUGCGUCAUGAUGCUGCUUUCUGAGGGCAUGAAGGAAGAGGGCCUCUUCCGCCUGGCCGCUGGGGCCUCGGUGCUGAAACGUCUCAAGCAGACCAUGGCCUCGGACCCGCGCGGCCUGCAGGAGUUCUGCUCCGACCCCCACGCCGUGGCAGGUGCCCUCAAGUCCUAUCUGCGGGAGCUGCCAGAGCCCUUGAUGACCUUUGACCUCUAUGACGAUUGGAUGAGGGCAGCCAGUCUGAAGGAGCCAGGAGCCCGGCUGGAGGCCCUCCAGGAAGUGUGCAGCCGCCUCCCCCAGGACAACCUCAGCAACCUCAGGUACCUGAUGAAGUUCCUGGCACGGCUGGCUGAGGAGCAGGAGGUGAAUAAAAUGACGCCCAGCAACAUUGCCAUCGUCCUGGGGCCCAACCUGCUGUGGCCUCCCGAGAAAGAAGGGGACCAGGCCCAGCUGGACGCAGCCUCAGUGUCCUCCAUCCAGGUGGUGGGCGUGGUCGAGGCUCUGAUACAGAACGCGGACACCCUCUUCCCGGGAGACGUCAACUUCAACGUGUCAGGCCUGUUCUCAGCCCCUGUCCCCCAGGACAAGGUCAGCAACAGGCCAGCUUCUGAGGAGCUUCCAACGAUCGCUGUGUCCACACCCGCUCCAGCCCCAGCCCCUGCCCCGGCCUCAGCGGCUGCCAGGGAAAGGAUAGAGUCCGAGGCGCCCCCCAGACCAGCCUCUCCCAAGGUCAGUAGGAGCCCCUCGGAGGCAGCCACUCCAGGGGAGGACAUGGCUCGAAAGACUAAGCGCCCAGCGCCAGCCCGGCCCACCAUGCCGCCCCCCCAGGUCUCCAGCCCGCGCUCCUCCCCUCCAGCCCCACCCCCGCCCCCUGGCUCUGGCAGCCCUGUGACCCCCCAGGCCCUGCCCCGCCGUCUGGUCGGCAGCAGCCUCCGGGCCCCCACGGUGCCACCCCCCUUGCCCCCCAACCCCCCGCAGCCCGCCCGACGCCAGAGCCGGCGUUCGCCAGCCUCCCCCAGCCCGGCCUCCCCGGGGCCGGCCUCCCCUAGCGCAGUGUCUCUGAGCAUGCCUGUGCAGGUGGACCUAGGGGUGGCCACAGAGGAGGGACGGGCCCCUGAGGUUGUAGGCAGGGCCUCCACUCCCCCGGCCAUCCCCCCUCAACCCCGGCCCAGGAGCCUUGCCUCAGAGACCGACUGAGCUGGCGGUUUCCCCUGCAACAGUCAGCAUCUCCUCCCUCCCACCGGUCAACCCGGGACACAGCCCUCGCCCUUCCCAGGGCUGGGGGCCUCCAGCCUCUGCCUACAAGUGCCUCGGUGCCCGCUGGGUCGGCCCCCCUGGCAAGGAGGACUCAGGCUAGUCCUCCACUUCCAGACCUUUUCCUCCUGAAUCCACACUGGGCUUGGGGGCCCCUCACCCGACUCCCAGCUCUCUGGCAGGGUCCCAGGGGAGCCGCCGGAAGGAAGGAGGGGCCUGCCCGCCCCUACAGGACUCUUAUUUGUCUCUUGCCAACAUAUUUUUUUGUAAGGCUGGUAAAUAAAUUAUUUUGGACAACACCAGA